AUGGAUCUAGUAGUUCUACUUGAGUGGUGUACUUCUAAUGGGCUCAACUCCAGCGCCUACCCACGAAGACAUCUCCGGAUACACUCCAGAACGAUAAACACCGACGCACCCCACCCUCUUGCCGCCGCAUCGCCCGAGCUACUGGAUAUGGGGGAUCCCUCAUCCUUUUUCAUUGAGAACUCCAAGUAUCCAGAGCUAUACGGACGAACACUCAUUAUCCAGCUUAAAUGCGCCGGCACAAACUCCGAGCUCGAUUCAAUUGUUAUCCUUUUUGACUGGAUCGCAGGAGUGCAAGUUGGGCGCAUUGAACUAAAGUCGGAUCCUGGACGAUCGAUCCGUUUUCUUUCCGAUGAAUAUUUGAUCAUACCUCAAGGAUAUCAGGAUAUGCGAACACCCUCGGCCGAGCACAUCCCCCAAUCUGGCAAACUUUUAAUAUUUCAUCUCCCGCCGCCCGCUGAAGGUCUGGAGAAUCGACAAGUCAGGCAGGUCGUAACCUUGCUAUUCCCUAGGAUAUCCACAACUGAGAACAGAUUGCACUUGUAUUUUAAUCACGGGGCACCGCCUGUUCCCAAGGGAUCAUACCGGUCUGCAUACUCAAGAGCAGAACCAAAAAUCUAUGAUUUUAACAGAUGGAAUCACUUGUGCUUGUACUAUGAAUCUUUCGAUCGUGUCCGUGUUUCGCAGGGCAGAGUCCGUCAGCAAUGGUGCUUUGAAAAAGACCUUGAACCCAUUGGCUUGUUAUACAUUUCUUCCGAUGCGCUUCUGGCUCUGCUCUAUAAACAGUCACACGACCUUCGGGCCAUUCCCUGGGAGGUUUGGAAAGCCUGUACGGUCAGUCUGCCUAUCGGAGAUACCCCUAUCUAUUGCAUGUCAGGGGUGAAGUCCGCUUUCAAGAAAUGCACACAGUAUAGCGUCAAUAUGAAUGACAAUCAACUGAUAAUCGUGGAUUUCUUGAAAAAGGGGCGUCCGUCGCACCUAGUCGGGGCUGGUAUGGGCCCUGAGAUUGUGUCCAAUUGUGAUGUAUCAAGUGGCCAUCCCCAUACAUGCAACCAAGAAUGCGACCUUCCAUAUUAUGUACGGACUGGCCGAUUCAUCGAACCUGGAACUGCGAUACCAGUGGAAAUCCAGUACAAAAUAAUGGUCGUUGAUUUAAACCAUGAGAAAUAUCGGGGCUUUCUUGGGAGUAAAUUAGCAAUAGACGAUGAACAACUUGCAGUUCUGGGUUAUUUAAACGGAAUGGAUCUCCACGUUUAUAAAUUCUAG